GGAAGUGCUGCGCCGCGCAUUUCCGGAGUGCAGUGAGGCCUGCUCCUUGGCGGCGGGGAGCGGCGGCGCCAUGGCCGGGAUCAAAGCUUUGAUUAGCCUGUCCUUUGGAGGAGCAAUUGGACUAAUGUUCCUGAUGCUUGGAUGUGCUCUCCCACAGUACAAUAGCCAAUACUGGCCCCUGUUUGUUCUGUUUUUUUACAUCCUUUCUCCUAUCCCCUACUGCAUAGCAAGAAGAUUAGUAGAUGAAACAGAUGCUGCAAGUAAUGCCUGCAAGGAGCUAGCAAUAUUUCUUACAACAGGCAUUGUUGUCUCCGCAUUUGGGCUACCUAUUGUAUUUGCCAGAGCACAACUGAUUUUGUGGGGAGCAUGUGCGCUCGUCCUCACAGGGAAUACUGUCAUCUUUGCUACUAUCCUAGGAUUUUUCUUAGUCUUCGGCAGCAAUGACGACUUCAGCUGGCAGCAGUGGUGAAAGAAGUUGAGUACAGAACUAUCGUAGACAUCUUGUCAUUCAGCGGCCAUCCAUACAAACAGAGAAUGGGCAAUAAGGAGAAAUAGCAUAGAAAGCCUCUUGGUGUAUUUUAGAUACUACUUUUCACCUUGUUUAUUGUAAGUGUUCUAUCUUUGCUGACUUGCUGAUGGGUUUCAAGGUUUUUAUUGUUUGGAAAGACACUUAGUAUUCAUUUCCUUUUACCAAAAUAGGUUUAGUAACUGAUUCAUUUAAAAUUUUAAUAGUUGGUUCCAUUCUGUUUUGUAUUUAUGCUACAUGAAAAUGCUGGAACAAGAAUUUUUAAACAGUUUAAUUUAGAAAGUUUUCAAAAGUUUUUUAAGCUCAAAAGUAAGUAAUAUUGGGUUAUGGAUAAAAUGUAUCUUUUUUUCCUCUUGACCAUCGCGACUAAGUUAUGAUGUACUAAGGAGAAAAAGUAAGCAAUUGUGCUACCAAAACAGCAAUAUUGUCAAUAAGUAAAUGUGUUGAUAGACAGUGUUUUGAUGGGUGCAUAGGUAAUGGAUGGGAGUACCCGUUGUAGACUAUUUUAUUCACACCUUGCUAUGACUGAGGUAUUGAUGCCACUGGCUUGGGAAUGGGGCAGCUGUUGCCAAUAAGGAGGUAUUUAUUUUCUGAAAUCUGCUUUUGACACCCUUAAAGGAUACUUCCUUUUUUGUUCUCAGCUCGUGAGUGGGUGUGACAUACAAAUCUCUUAUGUAUAAGUUGUAUUUGUUUAUUCAUGCUAUAAAAUGCAAAAUUUAAAUUGCAUUGGUGAGGGAAAAAAUUAAUAUUUUCAUUUUCAAAGCUGUUAAUGUUUCUAUUUAUAAAUAUUGUAUGUUUUUGGUCUUCUGUGUCAACUUUUAACAUUUUACCAAAGGGAAGGUAAAAUGUUCAUUUAUGGAACUACUGAUGUAUGUCUGUUUGCAGCAUAUACAAAAUCUUUUCCCCACUUCCCUUUUUUAAUUUAUUUUAUACAUAGUAUAUAUUGAGUAAAAUGGCUUUUCAACUGUAGACUAACACUUAAAUCACAGGUAUUUAAUUUACCAUAGAAAAUUGCUAUAGUAAUAUACAGUACAGUCGAAGCACAGCUUUUUUGCAAGUCUUUGACUGAAAUGAUUUCCUAGUGACUUUGUCAGUCUUUCAGUUCAUGCAUUAUCUGUUAACAGUAAUGUUAUCUGUAAUAAUUGUAGUUCUUGUUCCAUAAGGUUAUAUCACCUGUAAUUUACAACAUUUAAGACAAGUUUUCUACAUACCUCUCAAUUGUCUGUUUUUAAUUGACACAAAUCCUAUAUAUUAGAUAUUCAUUGUGAUGCAGUGGAUUAAUGCAGAUUAAUCAGGUUUAACUAUAUUAGAUGCAUCAAUAAAACUGACCAAAAAUACUUUUAAAAUCUAGUUUUAUUCAACUUUUUUUAAAAAAUGAAGAUUAGAAAAGCAAACUGUGCAGGCAUGAUUAAAAAUAAUUACAUAGGUCUUAAUUAUAAGUGCUUCAGUAUAAAAAUGCAUGGAGCAAGUGGAUCUUGUCUUGUGAAAAAGUGGAUUAUUUUAUUUACAUGAAUGUAAACUAACUAUGAAACUGACUAUUUGAAAUCUAUUAUGAUGGUUACAUUGUAUGUUUAAGAUACUUAGUAUGUAGGGACAGAAGACGGGUGUGCACAGCUACCUGUCAGUCACUAAGGCCACACAAUGUUGUGUGCAAGAGUUGGAGCAAUAUUCUCCAGAGCUGUAAAGGAACUGAAGAAUAAAGUCCUCAGUGUGUAGAAACUGAAUCUUUAGCAGAUAGCAUUUAAGCCAUCCUUAAAGACAUAUAACAGAAGAAUCCAUUGAGUAGGAUGGAAAUUUUCAAAAGUGCCUGAGUUGAUAACACGUCUCAUUGACUUUCAGUGGGACUUGUCCACCUAAAUACUUUACGUGCGUUUGAAAAUCUCCUAAACCAAUGGCUGAUGAUGGAACUUGCCAUCAAACAAAAGUUAGCACUAGUGGCUUUGACAAAUCCUCCUAGAUUCUUGAGUUCUUUUUAUGGCCUGACCCAGUCAUUGCCUAAGAAAUGCAUUGUUUUUCCCAUUGCUUUUCUAGUUAUCAAUGUAAUGUACUCUUCCACCUGGCCACAAAAUAUUUUAUAUUUAAUAGCUGUGUACUUUUCCAUAUAUUAAUUGUGUUGACAGCAUUGUAUUCUUGACCUUGUACACUAAUUAGACAAUGCUGUCUCUGAUUUCUAGGCUAGACACUUGAGAGGUAUGACUUUUCCAUAUAUUAUGCACUGAAAUAGCAUUACCAUCCUUCUGUAGAGCACUUUUGAUGAUGAAACAAUAAACGUUUUAAAUAUCA